AUGGCUUUGGUAGGAAAGUUAAUCGGGUACACUGAGCUUCGUUCGGGUGGAAAGGUGAUACAUGAUCUGUUGAGGCACCAACCGCAUGACCUAGCUUCCAUUUGCCCUGGUAAGGUUCAUUCUUGUGAUCUGCUAAGCGGUCGCCUAGGUGCCGUUGGAUCAACCAUCAUCUGGCAAUUUACCCAUGAGGGAAAAAAGCAAACUGCAAAAGAGAUAAUCCAAGAAAUCGACGAGAGUAACCACAAAAUCGUUUUCAAGAUAGUAGGAGGGGAGAUAGUGGAGGAGAUAUACAAGGCCUUCACAAUAUCAUUUCAUUCUGAAACAAUAGAUGGUAAGGAAAUGGGGGUUUGGACCAUGGAGUUUGAGAGGCCAAAUACAAGUGUACCCUAUCCAACUUCUUUAAUGGACUAUGCUUGCACCCUUUUGAAGGAUAUGGAUGACCACAAUACCCGUAAAUAAAUAGAUCUCCCUAAAAUCUAUGAUGAAGGAAUAAUUGAAUGUUUCUAUGUGUGUGUGUAUGUACGUGUAUCUAAUAAAACCUGAACUAUCUUCAUAUAUAAUUAAGAAGGGCGGAGCUGAUGACAGCUACUAAUUACCUGUGAAGAAUUGAAGAUAUUCGGUGAUGUAUUAAUCUUCGGGUUGUGAUAUUGAUGCAAUAAAGCGUGUGUAUUCUGUUUUU